CCCUGGGACAGCAGCUCAGCAGCUCCACCACAUCUUCCAGGUGAGGCAUAACAUACAGUGAGGACUAACGGGGAAGGAUCCUCUGAGAAGAUACAAUCUCAAGGGUGGGCCUGGAUGUGGGCUUCCAGAGACCAUCUCCCUGAACCAGAUCUUGGGGAUGCAGCUCCCCCAGGCUCGCCUUCAUCAUUCUGGACAUCCGGGCUCCCGAGACAAGAGCGCAGCACGAGUCGCCAGCGCUCCCGAGGCUCCCCUCCGAGCACCUGCGUGCCCUACAAGGUCCGCGCCCUGGCAACCUUCGAGUGCUCCGCUACGAGCCAUGCCAGCCGCCUGUGGGAGCAGCUGCAGCAGUUUUGGGCCGAUUACAUCUCGCGGCCUUUCUCGCCACGGCGGCCGCCGCUGCGCCGCAGGCCCUCCCUGUCCACCUUCUACCUGCUGGACCACAACAUGCGCCAGGCCGAGCUGGGCCUCGCCUACGGCGCGCCGCGCAUGCGCCUCAGCAACCAGGCCUUCGUGUUCCGCGGCGGGCGGUGGACCACUGAGAGCCAGCUGGCGCAGACGCGGUCGCCGCUGCUCUCGCGGACCGCCUGGAGCUGGAAGGCGCAGGUGCAGCGGACCAAAAGCCAAGUGUUGCUGGAGGACAACAACUACCUGAAGCUGCAGCGGGAACUGCUCAUAGACAUGCUGACUGAGACCGUGGCCCGCAUGCACUUGCUAGAGAAGAAGCUCAACCCCGAGGUGACCCCGACGGCUGCGGCGCGCGCCGGGCAGAGGAAGAUGCGCAAGCGCGCAGGCGCCAGCGGGGCCGUGCUCAUGAUCCAGCCGUGCGUUCUGGACUCGCAGUGAUGCAAUAAAGGCCGCGCUACGCAUGCGCGCCUCGCGCCUCGGGUCUGCCACUGCCCCCGCGCUGUACUGGUUCCCGCGGUUCCCCGGUUCGGUCUCUGCGCGUGGGUGGGGGAGGUCUGCGUGGCCUCCGGGACUGCCCCUCUGUGCUGGGUGUCGG